CUAAUGAUUUAAUGAGACUAGGAAUAAGGGCGGCAUAUCUCCAUCCAUCAUUUUUAUGCCAUUCAAAGUUCGUGAAACAAGCUGCUGCUUGGAAAGUCUAUCACGUCACGCGUGGGUGGGUGCUUUUUUUUUUUACCUGUUGGCGUGGCACCUGUCCCGUAAGGCGGUGCAGCCAGAGGCAUGUCACUCUCACUAUCUGCUGGGUGACUUCUCCUUUCCAUACCAGCAAUGACCGAAUUUUAAAACGCACCACUGGAUUUUAGGAGCGACUUUGUCUGUUUAUUCUGACAUGGUCUAAGUCCUAAACGUCAAAAAUGCUGAGAAUGAAGAUAUUUGUUUUGCCAAAAGUCUGAAAAAGACUGGAAGAACUGCGRACUWUUAAAGUGUUCAUAGCUGUGUCAUAACCUAGUAAAUAUUUUCAGCUCAAAGAAAUGGCUCUAUCCCAGAUCCAGUGCCUGGAUGAUAACAACGUAAACCCGCGGAUCUACGAGUCCAAACCGGAGUUCUUCUACUGUGAGGAGCAGCGUCUCGCGCUUGAAGCGCUCCUCCGGGAUGGUCGCGAGACUUUCGCUAAGUACCUGGAGGCUCGCGGCCUGCGGGGUUUCCUCUCCGACCUGGAGCAGGAGACACUGACCGCCGCUCUUGAGCCCUUUGACCCGGACGCGGAGCUUUUCUCAGGGGAGGGAGAGGACGAGCCGGAGCCGCUGUCGUUGCAGUACUGGCCGGACGUUUCGGACACCUCUAUCCCKCAAAUGGACCUGGGCUGGCCUGACAGCGAGGCGUACAGAGGGGUGACACGCACCACAGUGUACACGCAGCCCCCGAUGGAGGGUCAGGCCCACAUCAAAGAAGUGGUCAGAAAAAUGAUUGCACAGGCGCAGAAGGUAGGUGUUUGCAGUUUACUUCAGUGUCAUAUUUUAUGUACCAUCYCUGUUAUKUGA